CCCGAAAAAAGGGGAGAAAAUACGGGAUACCAUGGAGCGUAGCUAGUUAGCUGUAGAAAAAAGCAUGAUAAAUACCUUUUUGAUAGACUCAUUCCAUUGGACUGCCCGAUGUGUAUUCAGUUUUUUGCGACGGAAAGUAAAAUGAAACGAGGAGCGGAAUUUGGGAGCUGCACAACCUUGCGAAACAACCAGGAGAGAUUUCUUUAGCGAGCUAACGUUAACUUGCUAGCUCAUGAAGAAGCGGUGGUAAACUUCGUAAUGAGCAAUUGCUACCAUUGGAAUUGUCGGAACCCCACCUCAAUUGUUAUGUCUUUUUAGAAAUGGGAUUCUUUUAUUUUCUCUGUGGACACUGAAAUUUCAACGCUUGGUGUUACACGUUAGGGAAUUGUGAAAUUGCUUUGUUUACUGCUUGCUUGGUAACAGUAUUGAUUACAAACUAGCUAUUUAAUCGCUCCCCACUGGCUUUGUGGGGACAGGCCAUGGACUAACUAAGGAAUAUAUAACAGACAAGGUAGCUAGCUUGCAGGCUAGCUAUCGAUUUGGCAAAUAUAUCCAAACCAUCAUUAAAUUCCGAAGUGGAGUCUUGCAGCAAUUCCGUUUUAAAGAAGCAGAAGAUCACAGUAACCCCGAGGUUUGGAUCAUGCAUGGGAUCAGAGAGCCCUUCCUACGAAUGGGAUAAAUAGCCUAGUUACAAGAUAUUAACGGAGUGAUUCAAUCUAGGCUAUUUGAACAGUGAAAUAUCGAGUUAUCGGACAAAAAGGAAAACUACGAUGUCCACCGCUAAAGAGAACCCCUGUAGGAAAUUCCAAGCAAACAUUUUCAAUAAAAGCAAAUGUCAAAACUGCUUCAAACCCCGGGAACUACAUCUAUUGACCGACCAGGAUCUGAACCAGGCCAAACCUAUUUAUGGAGGCUGGCUGUGUUUGGCUCCAGAGGGAACAGACUUUGACAAUCCUAUGCAAAGAUCACGGAAAUGGCAACGCCGGUUCUUUGUGCUCUACGAACAUGGCUGCCUACGCUUUGCAUUGGAUGAAUCGCCCAGUACUCUGCCUCAAGGCACGGUCAACAUGAACCUCUGCAGCGACGUGAUCGAUGCCGAGCCCAAGACCGGCCAGAAGAACGCCCUGUGCAUCAUCACGCCGGAGCAGGAGUACUUUAUCCGCGGAGACAACAAGGAGAUUAUCAAUGGAUGGAGCGAGCAGCUGGUGGUCUACCCAAGAACCAACAAGCAAAACCAGAAGAAGAAGCGCAAGGUGGAGCCGGCCACGUCCCAGGAACCCGGUCCAGCCAAAGUGGCCGUGACGGGCUCCGGGAUCCCCGAGGCGGAGAAGGUUCCGGACUCCAGCUCCAUCAUCUGGCAGGAGGAGCUGCAGAGCCGCGAGGCGGACGUGGGCCAGGUGUGGUCCUCCCCCGACAUGGCGGCCCUGGGGUCACCCUCGGCAGGCGAGGGGUCAUCGGUCAGUCGCAGCUCAGACCAGGGCUCCGUGAACGGUGACGAAAUGGACCGGAGCCCGUUCCCCACGGCGGCGGUGCCCUCCCACGAGCUCCUGUCGCCCACGGGCAGCUCGUCCAGCCGCCACAGCUUCGGCGGCGAGGCGGGCGGCGGCGGCGGCAUCCCGCGCUGCCUCUCCCCGGCGCCCAGCGACCCCUUCCCGUCGGGCAGCAGCCUGCUGUCCAACGGCUCGCACAUCAGCGGCUCCAUGAGCUCGCUGGACUCGGACGCCAGCGGCAGCACGGUGGCCAGCAGCGACAGCCACCCGGCCGCCGGCGAGCCCGGCGCCGGCCGCGGCCUCCACCACCACCACCACCACCACCACCAGCGCGGGCCGCACGACACGCCGCGCUCGCGCCGCCUGGAGGCUGAGGCGCGCAAGGCGGAGAAGAGGAGCAGGGCGCACAGCCCGGAGGGGCAGGAGACGCCCCUCAGCCCGGAGAGGAGUGGACGCUCAAACGUGAUCGAGAAGCUGGAGGCGCUGGAGCUGGAGAACACUGAGCGCAUGGAGGUGGACGAGUCGGACCGCAGCGCCGCCCGACAGGGCCGUAGCGAAAUAAGACGCUUCCACCGAGAGGAGAUCCAGCACACGGCUUUACCUCCACUGAGGCGUGCCAAGUCACUGGACCGCCGGACCACUGAGUCUGUCAUGACACCUGACCUGCUGAACUUCAAGAAAGGUUGGAUGGUGAAGCUGGAUGAACAGGGACAGUGGAAGAAGUAUUGGUUUGUGCUGACCGACCACAGUCUACGAUACUACAAGGAUUCAAUUGCAGAGGAGGCCUCGGACUUAGACGGAGAAAUAGACCUCAGUACUUGUUAUAAUGUUACAGAACACCAAGCUCAACGGAACUAUGGCUUCCAAAUCCAUACGCAGGAGGGAGUCCACACUCUUUCGGCCAUGACGGCAGGGAUCCGCCGCAACUGGAUCCAGGCAGUGAUGAGGAACGUGCGGCCCUCUACCGCGCCAGACGUGGCCAGCCUCACCGACGACCAUAGCACGCCUCUGGACAGCCUGUCUCGGCCCGACGUCACCCAGGACUCGGCCUCGGAGGCCUCGUCGGUGGAGCGCGAGCCGGGCCCCAAGAAGAGCCGGGCGCGGGAGCGGCGGCGCGAGGGCCGCUCCAAGACCUUCGACUGGGCCGAGUUCCGGCCCAUCGCCCAGGCGCUGGCGCAGCAGCGGGCCAACGAGGCCGAGGCCCUGCAGGCCGAGCUCAGCGACUCGGAGCGCAGCCGCCGGCGGGAGGAGCGGCGCCGGCGCUACGGCUCGGUGGCCGGCAGCUCGCCGACCGACUCCAUCGGCGGCAUGGACUUUGAGAGCGCCGGAGGAGGAGGAGGAGGAGGAGGAGGAGGCGGCGGCCGGCUGAGCGAGGGGGGCUCCACGCCGCCUCACCAGCCGCAGCCGGUGUCCCAGGAGAGGCAGCGGAAGGUGGAGGACGAGAUCGAGCAGCACUGGCAGCAGGUGGAGAAGACGCCCAUCCGCGAGGAGAGGAGGGUGCCACUGGCCUCAGCGCUGCAGACCAGGGAGACGGCCGAGCUGGAGAAGCUGCUGGAGAGCUACAAGAAAGGGGUAGAAGACCUGAAGCAGCAGCUAGAAACCUGUCACGAGCAGCUGGCCGAGUCCAACCUGAACAAGCACGAGCUGGAGGAGCAACUGCGCACGGCACUGGAGCGAGAGCAACACAUCCGCAUCGGAUACAUCUCACCGCUGGAUCCCCCAUUGGGUCUUGAGGGAGAUCUUGAUCCCCAGAUGAAGAGGCCUGAACUGGCUACGUGUGAGCGGGGCUUUGCCGCCAUGGAGGAAUCCCACCAGAAGGUGAUCGACGAACUGCAGAAGAAACACCAGCGGGAACUGGAGAAGCUGCAGGAUGAGAAGGAGAGGCUCUUGGACGAGGAGACGGCGGCCACCAUCUCGGCAAUUGAAGCUAUGAAGAACGCACACCGAAGCGAGCUGGAGAGGGAGCUGGAUAAGGCCCGCAAGGCCAACAGCAACACCGAAAACGCUGACAUCGAGGAGAUCCACCGACAGCACGAGGAGGAGCUUUUGUCCUUCCAGCGGGAGAUCGAGGUGCUGUCGGAGCAGUACUCCCAGAAGUGCCUGGAGAACGCUCACCUGGCCCAGGCCUUGGAGGCCGAGCGGCAGGCCCUCCGGCAGUGCCAGAGGGAAAACCAGGAGCUCAACGCGCACAACCAGGAACUAAAUAAUCGUCUUGCUGCCGAGAUCACAAAAAUGCGGUCCAUGACAAGUGAAGAGGGUGGAGAGACGUGCACAGUGAUUCAGGGGAAGGAGCUGUACGAGUUAGAGGUCAUGUUGAGGGUCAAGGAGUCCGAGGUUCAGUACCUGAAGCAGGAAAUUAAUUCUCUAAAAGAUGAGCUCCAGGCUGCCCAAAGAGACAAGAAAUACGCCACAGAUAAGUACAAGGACAUCUACACGGAGCUGAGCAUCGUGCGGGCCAAGGCGGAGCGGGACCUGGGCCGGCUGCGGGAGCAGCUCCAGCUGGCCCACGAGGCUCUCGGCGAGCCCACGCCCGAGGAUGUGGAACGCAGCGGCUACGAUAUCAUGAAGUCCAAAAGCAAUCCUGACAUCCUCAAAAUGGCAGCGGCGGCAGCCAAACGCUCUGAGCGCACUAUGAGGUCAAAGAGUCUGAAGGAGGGACUGACUGCUGAGCAGAGGCUCCACUUGUUUGAUAACAAGGACACCAAGGAGUUCUGACAUUGACGCAUCGACCCCCUCCCAUGCUGCAUGAUAAGACGCUGCCUCCCCAAUACACUCCUUCACUCCCCACUCACUCACCCACUUCCCCCGCACACUAUAUUUUAGCCCAGUAAUUAACCAUUUAGAAACACACUGGUCACAACGAGUCCUAUAUUAUAACGUGGUAUGAUGUUUGAAUUUUAUGUCUAUAGAGUAUGCAUUUCAUGCACUUCUGUUACUGUGACAUUUUUUUUUUAUCUCCAUUGCCAUGUCUUAAUGUAAAUACUGUUUUUUUUUUUUUUUUAAUUAAGCAUCUGUCACACACACACUAAAUAUGUUUGUGUAAGCUACUGUUUUAACCUCUUAGUUAUGUGUGAAUAGUCAAAGGAAUACGUAAAUGUGUACUGGAUCAACAACACACCGCACGAAUGAAUGAAUGAGUGAAUGAUGUGGAUGUGGAUGUGGAACCAACAUUAGACUACAAUCAUGUUGCCAGGCCUGUGUUCGCACUAUAUCCUAGGUGCUGUCAGUAUGCACAUAAUGAAGAUGCCCUCAACGCCCCUCAUAAUGUACAGAGUUUGCCAUGCUGCGCUGCUCUAGAGAGGGGGAGAAAUGGCUGUAUCAUUUAAGAGAACAGUUGAAACUUGCUUAGUAGCAUAAUAUUCCAUAUUAAUCUUUGUGAGCUAUCUGACCACUCGAAAGGAACUAUUGAUGGUAUCAACUAAAUACACCUGUAAGGUUUAGGUUGGGGAUGGAUAUAUGUAUAUGCAAUAUAUGUAUGUCAUUUUUAUCUCUAUAAUGAUGUUGGUCUACUCUGACUGGGAGUUAUUUUUUAGUUUCCCCCUUCAAAGUUGAUUAUGUUUGCAGUGUUGUUCAGUGGCAGACCCUUUAUAUUUAUUUAAAUGUCAAAAAGAGUUUUUUUUUUUUUUGUCUCACAUUUCCAUUCCUCUGUCCUCUGUUAUUGUAAAUAUACAGCAAAUAUUCACCAACUGACAACAGGUUUAUUAGCAAUAAAUAUUUUUGCACCCUG